AUGCCUUCACCUUCCCUCGUCAAAGACCCAUAUAGCAAAGGCUAUGAAACCAUAAAUGUACACUUAAAACGCAAACCAGACUGGCUAUUAGCACGCAACCCGAAGGGUAGAGUGCCGGUUCUUGAAUUUUCAGAUGGUCGUAUUGUGUUUGAGUCCGUCAUCACAUGCCAGUAUCUUGAUGAUGUCUACCCUCAGGAACCUCUGACCCCAGCUGACCCAUAUCAGAAAGCUCGAGAUCGUUUGUUUGUGGACUAUUGUGACAAGUUUAUGAUGGCCAUCUACCAGCUCUGGUCUUCAGACAGCAACAAUGAAAAGGGCAAAGCUACCAUCCAUGUAGGAAUGCAGAUGUAUGAGCAAGAAUUGACACAGCGAAACAGUGGAAACAAGCCUACCAUGCUGGACUAUCUUAUAUGGCCAUGGUUUGAGCGUUUAUCACCAUUUGUUAAUCCUGAAGUGAUGAUCACACCAUUCUUUGACCAAGAACAAAACACAGACUGA